AUGGGUGAAGAAAAAUCAACCAAGAGCUUAUUCGUCUUUAGUGACGAUGAUUAUGAUGAAUCCGAUGAUUCUUAUGAUGAUCAGCCGGUCUCUAAGAAGAUCAAAUUAGAAGAGCCAGAUAUAGAUUGUUUAAGUGAUUCUGAUUGGGAAGAUGUCUUUAGCAUUCCCGAAAUUUCAGCACAACUGGAUCAACCCAAUGAAUUCAAUAUCAUCAUCAGAGACCAAAGGGAUGAAGAAGAGGAGAAUAGAAAACGGAAAUUACUACAAUUGGUUAAAGAAAAGCAACAGAGAGUCAGUUUGCAAUAUUUGAGUAUGGUUAUCUAUAUACUACACGCGAGAAUUCGGAACCUACUACUCUCUAAUCAAAGAGUAUUAAGGAAAUUGAAGAAGCUCCUACCUGAUCUGCUAAUGUCUAAUCAUUUGAAGAAGUUUAACAAGCUGAGAAAGAAUCUUGAAUCUAUGUCCCCUGAAGCCAAGCUAGAACUAGAUAAGCAUUUGAUUUAUAUAUUGAAAUAUUUGAUCAAAUGGUUUCGCAAAAAUUUCAAGCAUGAUUCUAAUGGAUUGAGAGUUCUUGGAUAUAUGCCUACAGGAAAGGAUGCCAAGGAUUAUUUUCCUCAGAAUGCGAAACCUAUUCUGUCCGAAGGUGAUUUGCUUUCCAUUGUCAAGAAAUUUAAGCAUAAUAGAGACACAGGUGCCGAAGUUUUUACUGCCUUGUUAAGGAGUAUAGGGUUUGAAAGUCGAUUGGUUUUUUCGUUGCCGUUGCUUAAUACAAGUAAAAAUGAAAAGCGGCAGCCGAAGCUAAAUCAAGAGAUUCUAAAGGUCAAUAAGGAUAACGAUUUAAUCUUUCCCUAUUUCUGGACAGAGUUAAUCAACCCUAUUGAUCCUUCGGAAGUCAUAAUUAUCGAGACCCAGUGCUUCUAUGAGGAAGAAAAGAAUUUAACUAGGAUUAAGCGAUUUGGAACCACCCCCAAAGGCAACUUACAUCGUUAUUACACGGACAGGUUCUACCCUAUCCAGAGCCAAUUUUGUCAAAUGUCAAUGCACUAUGUAUUGAGCUUCUCCAAAGACAAUUUAAUUAUAGAUGUCAGUCCUAGAUAUAUGAAGGAUAUAUCGUAUCGAUGGUUCAAUAGGUUGGAUCUAAGAACCGAAUUGGGUCGUUCUUCCCUUUUGCUACAGUCUUUGAUAAGAAUUUUUAAUAGACAUAAAGAGUAUACUCACUUUGAUAAUUUGGAAUUAGAUGGACUAAGAAACACGGCAAUGAUAAAUUAUGUAAUUCCAACAAACUUCUCAGCUAUGAAGAGAAGCCCAAACUUUAUUACCGAGAGUACUUUGCGUUAUAAUGAAGUGAUCAUACCGAAUUCAGAAUGUCUCAAAAUUAUUAAACUAGAUUCGAGAAAAGAGCCUGUCUAUUUCAAGAAUUCUUUAUUGAUUGGAAAAUCGGAAUCCCAAUGGAAAUUCUUGGGACGAUCAGUGAAGCCAGAAGAAAUAGGCAAGCCGAUCAAGACUACAAAAGCUUUAACGCCAAGAACAAUAUACAAUAAAAGAAUCUAUAAUCUAAACAUAUUAAACAAUACUCCAGAACACAAUGAAACUAAACUAUAUAGCUUUUCCCAGACGUGUCCCUACAUAAAAAUGAAAGUCGCCUAUGAUGUCACGGGAAAACCUGUCCUUCCAAGAAACAAAUAUGGUAAUAUUGAAAUAUUUAGAGAGAAUAUGAUACCUGAAGGUUGUAUCUGGUUAAAGCUUCCCGAAAUUGAACGCAUUCUACUGAACUAUGUCUCUGGGAAAUUGAAGCACGAUGAAAUCGAGGAUAAAAUCCAAUAUGUCCCUGUAGUAACUGGAUUCAGCUUUGCAAAAGCCGGACAAGCCAUACCAACUAAAGAAGGAGUAAUUGUUUUAGUGCAGGAUGCCACUACUAUCAAGAAAAUUUGGCUUUCUGGAAGAAUGCAACAUUAUAGAUUGGCAAAUUUGAGAAGGAAAUGGAGAAGUCUUCACACUUGGAGAGAAAUGCUAAUACGAUUAAGGAUACUGCGUCGGUUGGAGAAUGAUUAUGGAAAAUAA